CAAAAGAAUAUUCCAAUUAUUAUGGAGGAGUCCUUAAACCAGAAGAAAAGGCUAUCUUUGAUAGUAAUCUUUUAAACCCAAAUGACACUUUGGAUAAAACAUUCCUUCAAGAUAUUACUCAGUUAUUAAAUAAUUGUAGAGAAGGUAAAGAAAAAGUAAAAGUCAAAAAGAUGGGUUUAAGUUCAGAAAGUCAUAAUUUAUUGGCUUUCAUCUUAAAAGAGCAAAAAGCUGAAUCUAUUCCUUAUCAAGUUGUUAAUAAUCUAAAUAACAAUAAACCAGUUGAUAAAGUUGUUAGUCAGUUUAAAGAUAUUUUGUUUAGUAAAUCUGAUCCUGAAUUUGAUCAAAAAACAGAAGAGGCUGCACUUAAAAUUAAUGAUUUAAAGGAAAAAGGGGAAAAAAUAGAUAAAGAAAUUAAAGAGUUAAAAAAGAAAUAUAAUGAUUCACUAGAAAAAAAACAAACU